AAAAAAAAAAAAAGGCACUAACUUCUCAUUACUCAUUAACAUGUCUCUUGGCUUUCAAGCCAAGAGAGGUUGAUAAUUGCUUGCCUGGCAUGCAAAGCUAUUGAGGUUUGCCAAUGGUUUCUAUUAUCAAAACAAAUUGGUUGUUUUGGAUUGUGGCUGUUUUGUGAUCAUCUCUAUGUGCAAAUCACGUCCAUUUAUUUAAAGUAGAACCCCCUUCAUCAGGUAUGAUCCUUUUGUUUCUGUCAAUCUUGUGCGAACUGAUAUUUUGCCUAUGGUAUGGUUAUACUUCAGACUGUUUUGGAUUAAUCGACGUCGUCAUCUAUGAUUUAGCUGUUAAAGUUACCUUUCUUGUUUUCUUUUCCACAGAAACUUAUGGUCUAUGUCAAAGUUUCGUACAAGCGUAACAAGCCCUAGAAUUAAUGCAUGCAUACUGCAUCUGGAUUCAUUUUGCUAUAUCUUUAGAAAUUUGAAGAAACUUCUGUAAUUACUUCAGUAAAUUCAUUUCCUAUGGAGUCCAAAAGGUUUAAGGAUGUUCAUGUAGAUGUAGUAUUGCUUAAAAUAUAAUUGGUGAGAGAUUAAUAGCAUUCUAAAAUAUUGCAAACAAAAAGGUUUGAGUUAACUCUACGGCUACGGGUUUAGGCUUUGGGAAAGAUUGCAGCCUGUGAUGCACGCUGGAGGCGCAUGUCACAGGUACGGCUUACGUGCUAUGCAAAAAAACCUGAAUUUACGUGGUGCGAGGGCACAAGGGCAUUGGCUUAUUCAAAUAUCCGCAGGUUACCCGCAAGGGCUACCUCUUAUAGACGGAAGGAAAAAAAAAGAGUACUGAUUGAUUCUUAAAACCAUAUCUGGCACCUAAAAAUUAUGUCGGCUAUUAUUCACUGUAAAAUAGAGAGUGCUGUUGAUCUGAACUAAAAUUGGGUGCUUCAUUCAGCUUUACUAAUUCGGAUGGAGAAAGGUAAUUGGCAGAGAUCAUGGUUCGAAAUAGAGAAGGAAAAGGUAUGGCAUCUCUUACACCGGGAGUACUGCUAAAGCUUCUCCAGAGUAUAAACUCGAAUGUAAUUCGUGGAGAAUAUCGGUCAGUUCUCCUGCAAGUUUUCAGCAUUGUGCCAGCCCUGUCAGGCUCAGAAGUAUGGCCUUAUAAAGGGUUCUUUAUAAAAGUAUCUGAUUCCUCACAUUCAACCUAUGUCUCAUUAUCAACGGAAGACAAUGAGCUAAUUUUGAAUAACAAGUUACAACUUGGGCAGUUUUUCUAUGUUGAUAGAGUGGAAGCUGACCCAUUUCCGAUUUUAGUUAAUGUUAGACCUGUGUCAGGGAGGAAUCCCUUCAUUGGGAAUCCAAAAGAUUUGAUGCAAAUGUUGGUUCCAUCUGAGGGUCCUGUGGCAGUCGAUAAUGAAGUUACUGGUUCGAAAUUGAGGGAGUUGUCAGAAGUGAAAGGGGAGAAUGCAAGACAGAAAAUUAUUAUCAAAGAGGAAAACGCUGGUGUUGUCAGGUAUAUGCAGGGUGUUUUGACAGGAACUAUUAAAGUUGGUGGAGCGGAUUCAAGUGGAAUUGAGAAGAGCAAUGAGAGUGAGAACGGUGGACUAUGUAAGAAGCGUGGAUUGAUGAAUGGCAAGCAGCAAGAAAAUAAAGAUCAGGUACGAUUCUCCCAAACAUAUAUGCAUUUUGAUGUUGCAGAGACACAGAUAGCUUGUUUUUCUUUAAAUUCUGCCAAUUUUUGUGCACGCCCGGCCAUGCCUUAUCGAAAUCGACCUGAUGCACUUUCAUCAAAGCCAGAGGUGGCCGUUUCCAACAACAGAGAAUUGUCUGUGCCUCCAAGAGAACUUCUGCAAAACGGACCCACUAAUCGAAGCAACAGAUAUUAUAAGAAAACCAUGCAAACUCUUUCAUCAAUCUCAGCAUCACAAUGCAGCUCUCUCUUUUCUCAUUGUUUGCUAUAUUCCAAGGGAAUGCUACGAAGGAGAUAUUUAGCUACCUUGGUUGCAGCUGAAGCUCAAAAGCAGGCAUCUGCAGCUCUUAUCAAGUGCCUCAAUAUGUUUGCUGAGCUCUGCGCCUCUGCCUCACCAGAGAACCCCCACCUCACCACAAAAUUCCUUACAAUCCAACAACUCAUCGACCAACCAAAUGUAACAACCCCAUUCGAGGAUAAAUCACUGCGGUUAUUUACUGACUUUUCUGCCCCAGAUACAGAAAAAACAAGCAAAAAGACAGGUCUAAGUUAUGCCAAAGCUAAAUUGAAGUCUCCAAAGCCUUCAAUGGAGCUAAGUGCAAGUGAGAAGCAGGAGUGGGCUAAAGGAGAAGGUACAAAAGAGAUCAAAGAUGUCCAACAGACUCUUUUUAAUGAAACAAGGGCUUGGUUUUUUAGAUUAUUGGAGGGUGCGUUGAAUGCAAAAUGAUGGGGACACCAAACCCAUACCGUAAAUUACACGAGUAUAUGGACGGAGAUAACAUAAAAUGACCCAGCCUGUCACGUUUUGGUUGAGAAACUAAGCCCAUUUGGACCUGUCUCAUUGUUAUUUUAUUUAUUUGAAAUGAUUUAUGUUAAACAGUUUGAUUUGAUGGGCUGAGUCCAAUAGUAAGAUGUUUUAGGGUUUUACUAUUUAUAUGUUUCUCCAUCAUUUUGUGAGAUAAUUUUGAUGAUUAACGAAAAUAUUGUAGACUUUGCAUA